AUGCCAACGCCAGAACCAGGACCGUCGUCGGAGUUGGAAGCAUCACCUAUUGCACCCAUUGAGGCACCUUCCUCAAAGCAAGACGCCCCUCCGUCAGACCCGGAGAAUGUAAAAAAGAGGCAGAACAUAUUUACGCGUACAUUAUGGACGUUUAUCAUGAUUGGAAUUUUUAUUGGCCUCUUACUUAUGGGCCAUGCAUACAUGGUCUUGCUUGUCAUGCUAUGUCAAACACUUGUAUAUCGCGAAGUCACUGCUCUAUUCCUCUUGGCGCAAUCUGAUAAACGGGACGAAGUCGAAGGCAAGGACCCUUGGAGCAAGACGCUGAACUGGUACUUCUUCGCUGCCACGAACUAUUUCCUAUACGGAGAGAGUAUCAUAUACUAUUUCAAGCAUGUAGUCUUUUCUGAAGCACAACUUCUUCCCUUCGCAACCAACCACAGACUGAUCAGUUUCGCACUUUAUACCAUUGGCCUUAUGGGCUUUGUGUUAUCUCUCCAAAAACGUUAUUUGAGAAAGCAGUUCGGUUUAUUUUGCUGGGUCCACAUGAGCUUGCUGCUCAUCGUUGUUUCAAGUCACUUUAUCGUAAACAACAUCCUCGAAGGCUUAAUUUGGUUCUGGGUACCAGCCUCCCUCGUUAUUUGCAAUGACGUAUUUGCCUAUAUUUGGGGAAUGUCCAUUGGACGAACACCGCUGAUCAAGCUUUCUCCGAAGAAAACUGUCGAGGGAUUCGUGGGUGCUUUCAUUAGCACAGUUCUCUUCAGCUUGCUGUGGGGAUCCUAUUUCAUGCGCUUCAACUAUAUGAUAUGUCCGGUCCACGACCUCGGUGUCAGCGCUUGGAGCAAUGUGCAAUGUGUCCCCAAUCCAGUGUUUGUAUGGAAGGACUGGCAGAUCCCAACACCUCUUGCUACUGUCCUCUCUACUACACUUCAAACGCAAAUCACUUCGAUCUCAUAUGUGCCUUACCAUCUUCAUCUUUUGUCAAUGUCGUUUUUUGCGUCGCUCGUAGCUCCUUUUGGAGGGUUCUUCGCAUCAGGCUUCAAACGGGCUUUCAAUAUCAAAGAUUUCGGGCACAGUAUUCCUGGACACGGUGGUAUGACAGAUCGCAUGGAUUGCCAAUUCUUGAUGGGGGUAUUCAUGUAUGUCUACUACAGCAGUCUGAUUCGCCAGCACAACGUGACGGUGGGCUCCAUUCUGCAAAAAAUCGUCAGCGGUUUGAGCGUCGAUGAACAAUUGGAACUGAUCGUGGAUUUGAAAAAAUAUCUUGAAGGAAUGGGGGUACCAGUGCCUUGUUAA